AUGGGGGACCCACUCAAGCCUCUUUGGAAGAACCUCUGGCGCCUCAAUCUUCCUGCAAAGGUAAAAAUCUUUGCUUGGAGGGCCUGUGUCAACGGGCUGCCAACAAAGGAAAAGGUUUGCACUCGAGGCAUUACUACUAGCAAUGAAUGUCCAAUAUGUGGUAAGGAACUUGAAACCGUCCAUCAUGCUCUGCUCCAUUGUGAUUUUGUUAAUCUGGUUUGGAAUUUCUGGUCUGAGUUUCCGCAGAUGAUCCAUAGGAACAAAUGGACAUUCCAUGAUUCGGCCUUAUACAUUUUAGCACACAAGCCUCCCACUGAUUUGGAGAUGUUCCUCACUGCUGCUUGGGCAAUUUGGUUCAACAGAAACAAAGUUACACAUGAUGAUAAAUGCUCUUCUCCCUCUCAGACUUGGCAGAUGGCCAAAAACUUAAUUGAGGAGCUUAAUGACGUGGUAAAUAUUGACUUAUUCACUCCUAGACCUUCUCACCAAGCUGGCUGGUCUCCUCCUCCACCCGAUGUCUUUAAAGUCAAUGUUGAUGGGUCUUCAUCUGAUCUUGAAGAGUCAUCCAGCGUUGGAGUCAUCAUCAGGGACUGCAAAGGCCAAACCGUUGCUGCCUUCUGUAAGCCUCUUCAGUCCCAUUACACGGCUGAUCUGGUGGAGGUGUUUGCAAUGGAGCAAGGUAUCUUGCUUGCUCAAGAGUUACAACUCUCCAAGGUUUUGUUUGAAAGUGAUGCUCGCUCAGUGAUCAAUGCCAUCAAUGAAUCUGCCUUUGGAAUCCCUCACAGACAUAUUAUUCAGGACAUUUCUCAUGCUCAUCAAUCCUUUGUUUUCUGCUCCUUCAGGCACUUCAAUCGGGCUUUUAAUGGUGCUGCCCAUAAGCUGGCCCAGUUUGCCCGUUGUAAUAGGACUGUCCACUUGUGGAAAGGGGUUACCCCUUCUUUUCUAGAUCCUAUUGUACAAGCUGAUAUGCAGCAUUAA